CGCUCUGGUUCGUUCGCUUGUCCUCGCAGAAGAGUUUCCAUCUUUCGGCGGUCGUCUGGUUCUGGGUCGAUGGUCCAGUGAGUUUUUGAGUGUUGACGUUGUGAAAUAAUGUAGGAAGAAUACUUAUCGCUCCUCACAGCAGCUACGCCGUACUUCUCCUCGUCUUCUACACUACACAAAUCACUCCAGUUUUUACGACGGCCGUCCGUCGGAGUUCGGAAUCGGGAACGCGGGUAAUGUGAGAAAAAAAAUCCGUGAGUUUUCGGUGUGCAAAGGAAUUUUAUGAUCCGGAAUAUCCGGCAUUGGCGCAAUCCUCUUCUCGCAAUAUUCAGUGGGGCAGUAAAAAUUCCAGUUUAUCUGCGUGCAAAAGAAAAGAAGAGUCAAGUGCGGAGAGAGAGAAAAAAAUGAAAGUGAAAGCGUCCUCUGUGUCUGCUGUUUUGUUUCUAGCGCUCCUCCGUUGAGUGAGUCCGCUGGUUGCUGAUCGAUGAUGGUCGUGGAAGGAAGAGUGUAGAUAAAUUUCAAGGGAAUUUGCAUUUCGGAAGCGAUUAGUUCCACUUUUGCACCUGGAAGAGCACUCCACGUCGUCAUGAAUUGCACCCGAAAGUGCUUCAAAGUGUUCCAGUGAAAGAGGAAGAAGCAAAUCUUGAAGAAAGAAAAUAAAUCAAGCCAGAAGAGGGCCCAGUGAGUGGAAGAAGGGGGGAAAAGUAAACAACGGCGGCAGAAAGAAGCUAGCUCCUCAGUGCAGUCCGCUCAGAUCAUCGCCCGGAGCCCAUCAACUAGACAUACAGUCGUGCGUGAAGUUUCAGUGUGAAGUGCGAAGAAGCGUUCCAGAAACACAAGUCGGUGCCAGUAGCACCAUUUAGAGCGAAAGAUGGAAAAUCCGAGUUCGCUUCCAUUUCUUCUAGUCACGGCCAACGUCGGGAGCGUUUUCGAGGACCCAUCCCGCCUGCUGAACAUCUGGAUCAAGGAAUUCCUCAGCAAUGUGACCAGUCGGCGACCGGCUUUCAUUGCGCUGCACCUCCAGGAGGUCGGUGGCAAGACGUACGAAAAGUCCAUGGAGUACGUGCAGGAGUUUAUCAAGAAUCUAUGCGAAUCGGCCGAGCUGGCGGACUACAAUCGGAUCCGGGUCUAUCUGGACGAAGACUACAACUCGGCGGAGCACUUCACGGCACUCGGUAAUCUGUACUUUGUCAUCCGAACCAUCGAGAGCCUGCAGAUGUGGAACUUUCUCACGCACGAAUGGGAAACGGUGGAGGGAAAAAAUAUCCACACUGGUAACAUUGAAUCCGUUGCCUCCAAGGAGAAGGCCAAAUUUCCGCAGCAGUUCUUCCCAGAGUGCAAAUGGUCACGCAAGGGCUUCCUGCGGACACGUUGGUCCCUGAACGGGACCGUCUUCGAUCUGGUCAACAUUCACCUCUUCCACGAUGCUUCCAAUUUGGCCGCCUGCGAGGAGUAUCCAUCGGUGUACUGCAAGAGCCGACGGCGGGCGUUGGUUCACACGCUGGAAAGAUUUCACAAGGAUGCAGCUAACCAAGCUGUGCCAUAUUUUGUCUUUGGUGAUUUCAACUUCCGGUGCGACACCGAGGGAGUGAUCAAAAAACUGACUGAGGAUCUUACGAUGCAUCGGAUUCCGAAUCCCAAAAGCGACAGCACCAAGGUCCAUUACCGCGAUUCGGACGGUGCCAACGUACUUACGGUGGGCAAGAAGGAGUUCAACCACUGCGACCAGAGCACAUUCAAGGAGAGUUGGCUCCGUCAAUUCGAUCGCGAGCUGGACUCGCUGCGCAGCAUACUGUACGAGUAUCCGAUCACAUUCCCGCCUUCCUAUCCAUACGAGGAGGAACCGGAGCAACCGGGCGACUACAUGAGCACCCGCUGUCCGGCCUGGUGCGACCGGAUAUUGAUCAGUCCCGCGGCACGUAAACUUAUCGACGACGAACGGGAGAAUGGCAAAACGACGACGAUGGCCAAGGCUACCUACGGGAUCAUGGGCGAUGUGGUUUGCAUGGGAGAUCAUAAGCCAGUCUAUCUCAAUAUACGAAUCAAGACGAGUCAAGGUGCCCAUCAGGAAAUCUCCGCCGAAGAACUGCGCACCCGGCUGCAGGAGUACGACGAUCUCAACGCUCGCAUCAGCGACGAACUCUCCAGAACGGCUGGCGGCGGUGGUGGUGGUGGUGGCGCCGGCAGUGGGUUGGUGCUAAAAACGCACUACGUACAAAUAACUCCCCGACAGUCGCAGGAUUCCAGCGGCGGUGGCGGCUCGGAUGAGGCCUGUGCGCAUAUUGUGCCGUCGGAGGAAAUGGAUCCCGGCGUGGACGUGGAGAAUGAUACCGUAUUCUAUCAGCAGAGUGCGGCAGCGGCGACGGCAGGUGCCGUGGUGACGGCCACCGCCUGCAGUUCGAUGAUCUUUAGGGAGACGACCGUUUAAGAAGGAGGGGUGUUUCGUUAACAACUAGUCCAAUUAUGCCAUAGGUUUUGUUCGCAGAUACAGGUAUUCCUGGUCGAUGGAAUGAGUUUUAGUCAGCGACCUUUGAUUUUAUUUAUAUUACCACCGGAGCGAGGCGAAACAAUUGCUGAAUGAAUCUAGUUUAUCUUUAGAAAGUUUGUUAUAGUUUGAACGAGUCAAUUUCCAUACUUUUUUUUUGCAUAGAAAAGUGCAUUUCUAUCUAAGAUAUGUAAAGGCCAAACAGAUGUAAUGAAUAUUUAAAAAAAAAGUACAUAAUAAUACCGCAUCGGGACAGUGUGCUGAAGAAAGGGGAAGUACCUAUAUUAGUAGUGCAGUGGUUGGUAGUUGGCAGUUUGUGUUAUCGUUCGGAUAUAGCCAUCAACGCUUCCGACACUUUUGUCCAAAAUCAUUCAAAAGCUCUUCUGUGUCAACUAUUGUUUCCAUUUCCCGAUCAUUUUCUGGCUACCCGAGAGUCGAGAAAUAGCUGAAAGCUCUUUACGUGAAUCGGGAAAUAUUUUUAUCCAGUGACCAAAAUAAUGUUUGAUAGUUAUUCAUUAGAAUAAGAACUUCUGCCGGUCGACUUACAUACCAUACUAAUCGGGCUAUGGCCUUGAUGUCCACUACGAUCCGAAGCGGGAGAUCAACGUUUUUUUCCUGACGCUUCUUCCGUUGGACUCGGAGUGACAGGUUCCCCGACUGCACCAUCAAGUUCGUUCCACACGUAUCCAGGACACUCACGAAGGCAGAGCAUGAUCUUCGUCAUCGUGAAAUUUCUCAAGCUGCUCUUCGGGCGGCACUUCCGGCUGCAGAACGAUCAUCGCCCUUCAGAUACAAGAAGGGAAUUCCAGUCUACACUACAAGUCGACUCUACGGUCUCGAUAUCGAGUACGUGUCCACCAACAAGAGACCUGCUCUCGCGAUUAAUCAACCAGCACGUCCAACCUGAAGAGAGCUACGUUAUAGCGAGUCUCAACCUGGAAGAGGAUCUCAGGCCAGUUGUAUCUAAAAGAGUUAAAGUUCAAAGCCUUCGCGCAAAGCACCCAAGUAGAUCCGCUCCUCCGGCAAGUCCACCGCUACGUUUAAAACAGCUGGGUGGACCGGUGCCGCGAACAACUCCAUCGCGGUCAUCCAGGCAUGCAAGCAAUGAAGGCCAUCACAAGACGCUACGUGUUCUGGUCCAGCUUGGAUGCCGACAGCGUCAGUUUCUGCAUGUCAAAACGUCCGUAGCUAGAUCUCCUCUUCACUCUCCACGUGGCCCAAAUCAACCGUCCAGUCCAAGGCGAAUACUACCUGCUCACUAUCGACUAAAUCUCCAAGUGGCUUGAGAUCAUCCGAACGACCCGCAUAACGUCUGCUGUAACCAUCAGCAAUGGUCAGGCGGAACGAUUCGUGGAUAUCUUCAAGCGAGCCGUUGAGAAAAUACGAGAGGGGAGAGGAUCGAUUCAAGAAGCACUGGAUAUUUCCAUGGUCGAAACGGUUGGAAGUGGGUUCCUGUUCCGCCGACAGUUUUUCAGCAAAUAGUUCCUGUUUUCCAUAUAACGCGAAAACAGUAGACUGUGGAAUGUUGACGUCUAAGAAUUUGUUUGUUCUGUUAAGAUGAACAACUUUGUGUGUCAAGUCUCCAGAGUGUUAGAAUAGAAAGUUAGAUUUUAGCGGUUGAGUAUCAAACUAUCUGUCAAUGUCGCCCCGUAACGUGGGUAGAUCACCUUUUCGUGGUACGUUACGGGAUGUAAGAUCUACCACCGAUUCCAAGUCCUGACUACUUCAAACUAGGGGAACGGGAUUUUCAGUAAUC